AUGUCGAGAACCCAAUCACGAAUUGCCCGAUUAUCUCAAAUGUUUGAACAAAAACAGAAUGAUGGUGUUCCUAAAUUGGAAGAGUUAAAAGCAAAAAGAAGAACGCCAUCAUUUGGAAAGUCUGCAAAGAAAGAUGAAAACCAUCUAACAAGUGAUACAACAUCAACACCAAAUAAUGAGAAUAACAGAGUUAUUGAAAAACCAAUUGAAACAAUUCCUUUAGAUAAAUUUGAUGAUGAUUUAGACUAUGAAGAAGAAAUAUUAUUUGAAAAGAAGAAAUAA